CAUAUAUGUAUGACUUUCUUUCAUCUGCUGAACUCAAAUGAACAUUUUUGGAAUAAUUUCUCAGCUCUUUUGGCCCAUGCAGUUCAAGUGAAUGGGUGCCAACUUUUUCAAGCUCCAUAAAUCAGCAUAAAAGUAAUCCAUAAAGGCCCAAACAUACUGUACGUAUGUACUUGAACGCAGAUGCAUAUUGCUAUGCAAGCUCGAUUUCACAAGGCAUUGCGUGGUGAAAUGUGUCAGCACUCAGUUCAUAACCUAAUGCAAGUAAGUGCUGUAGUCUCAGCGUUGCCGCAAGAGGCGCUACAGUGGGUUUUAUUUUUUCAGUCAACAACUGUCAUGGCAGAGCAGCAAUUUGAGGAGAGUCUUGCCAAACAAAUUAGAUUAUACAAACAUAUUUUUUCUGUCGUCAUUUCAGCAAAUACAAAAGCACACACUCCUCAACUGUCAACAUGUUGACUCCACAUACGGUUUCGUGGCACCUUAAAAACGCUUUCGCCCACUUGUUGUCCAAGGUUUGUAACCGCCAGAGCAACGCACGAGCACGUGUAAUGUAUGUACAACGGGACCAUGCAUUGGGGAAGCGCUUUCAUCUGCAUUUGCAUACUUGUGCGAAGUAUGUUUGGGCCCUAAGACUCCAGUGGUUAAAUCAAUAUCUUCAGAAGCGAUAUGAUGGGUGUGGGUGAGAAACAGAUCACUUUCACAUUCUUCUUCUUGAGUUUUUGGUGAUUCAUAUUCUUCUUGCAUACCGCCCUCUACUGGGAAGGGAGAAGGAAUUAAAUAUUGAUUGUUUCUCACACACACCUAUCAUAUCACUUCUGAAAAUAUAUAUUUAACCACUGGAGUUGUAUGGAUUGCUUUUAUGCUGCCUUAAUGUGCUUUUUGGAGAAUCAAAAUUUUGGCACCCAUUCACUUGCAUUGUAUGGACCUACAGAGCUCUUAGAAUAUUCUUCUAAAAAUCAUAAUUUGUGUUCUACAGAAGAAAGAAAGUCACAUCUGGGAUGGCAUGAGAGUGGGUAAAUGAUGAGAGAUUUUUAAUUUUUUGGGUGAACUAUCCCUUUAAGAGGACUGCAACUUUUAUAUUGUAUAAAUAAAUACUAGUGGUACAAAGUUAUCUUUGAAGGUACACUUUUUCAGUGUACUGGAUGAACUUAAUUUUAGUUAUAGUGUAGUUUUGCAAUUUUCUCUUAUUUUUCUCCUGCACUACUCUCAAACUGUUGAGCUUUCAUAGAUCGGAGUCCUCACUCGUCACAUGUUUAUGUGUGGUAUCAGGUAUGUGUGUUAUCAGAAAGUAGAGUGGCCUGCUCUGUCUGCGCUGAUCACGUUAAAAAUGUCUGUAACCAUGAUCCUCAAACUCACUGAGGCCGCUCUGAUUUUGGCCUACAGAUAUCAGUGCUUGGAACAGAGUUGUGUAUGACACGCAGAAGUCUAGAAGAUGGAAAACAUUAAAGAUAUUAUUCCUGACUAUCAUGAUGGAGAUUGCCUGUGCCCUAAAAGUGGUGCAAAGCUGGCCUCUCUCUUUGGUCUGGACCAGGCAGAGAGUCAGGGAAAUGAGUCCUUCCAAUUCACUGCCCCCAAACAGCCAAAAAAGACCUGCACCAUAUUAGGUCCACCUGCUCAGAAAACCGCCCCUCCUCCAUGCGCUCCAGCUGUGCUUUUUGCCACACCUGUCCAUGCGUUUAUCUUUUUGAAUGGACAGUAUGUGAAGCAAGGCAAGAUGGGAGCUGCUGUUUUAGGGAACCAUGUGACCAAAGAGUACAAGAUUCUGUUGUAUGGCAGUAAGCAAAAGCAGAUCACUACAGCUAGAAUUCAUCGUGGAUUUGUCCUCACAGUUCAGCCCUUUAACUAUGUUACUUUCUAUGAUGAUCAGCAACAGAACUGGUCUCUGAUGUUUGACUCAGAAAAGUCCAGGUCUGAAUUCUGUAAGGAGGUGUGCAUAGCCAGGUGGAACAGUGAGUUUUUACCAGACUCUCUGGUCACUCAAGACCUGGUUCAUGGAGAGGGUCAAGCUAUUGAUGUUGGGGACACAGUGGAAGUGGCCUUUUCUGGAUGGCUUUUUCAGAACCAUUCUCUAAGACAGAUAUUUGAUUCCAAUCUUGGCAAAGAAAAGCUGCAGCGAGUAAAGCUUGGAGCAGGCAAAGCUCUAAAGGGAUGGGAAGAGGGGAUGCUUGGUAUGCAGAAAGGAGGUCGACGUCUCCUCAUCGUACCUCCUAGCAUGGGUUAUGGAUCAAAAGGUAUCCCUAACAGUGUGCCACCCACCAGCACUCUGGUCUUUGAUGUAGAGAUCCAUCGGGUAAAAUUCUCCAAAUACAGACACAGUGGGGAAUUAGUUUACUCCUUUAGUACAUCUCCAGGCCCCAGUCCAGACACUCUGACUGAAGAGCGCACCACCCAUUUGGUCACAACUGACACAAAUAAGUCAGGAGACCAAGCUCCUAAGGGGAAGGUGGAAUCUAUAAGUGAAUGCCUAAAGAAUCCAGGCGCAAUCAAAGCCAAGCUAGUAUCACGUAUAGCCAAGAUGGGUCAACCCAUGCUACCAUUUCUCACUGGGGCCAUUUCAGCUCAGUCUGACCACAGGGACUCGGAAACAGAGGAUGCCAUUGAGUCUGGAUGGAUUUAUGAUUCUUCUCUUUCGCAUUCACCCUCCCCGAAACCUUUACAAAUGUCCUGCAGUCCUCCAUCUUGUAGAAUGUCGUGCCAGAAACAGGAAGAAGUGGAUGCAGACAUACCACUACAAACCGAGACAAACACUACUCACAGCUUCAAGCUAUAUCCAUUUACCUCAAUCUACCCAUCCCAGCAUGUUCCGUACCAAACGCCUGAUAUCACAGCAUUCUUGAUGUCUGACACUCGCCAGCAAAACACAGAAAUUCUGCUUGCUAUUGAGAAAGUGGCACGCAGAGUGGACCAACUGACGUGCAAGGUGGAUGAGUUGCAAAAAGAGGGCUGCUUUUCUUUCGGACUCUCCUCUGUGACCUUAGAAACAAACGUGAUCCUGCACAACAUUCAGAGAAUCAUACAUGAAAGUAUGUGUCUGAAGAAGGAUGUUCUGGAGAAAAGUUCUCAGUUAGAGGAAAAAAACAACAAAAUUGGGGAGCUAAUUGAUCAGAGGUAUAGGGAGCAGAGCAGUCAGCUGUUUUAUCAGAGGAGUGAAGCUCUACAGAGCAGCAGUAAGCACAACCAGACUCUUCUUCUUCAGACUGAACAGGAUAAGGCUCAUUUAGUUGGAGAAUUACCAUCCUCCAUCACACAAGUAUGUGAGUUGCAGCAGGAGGUGGUGAAUCUCCAGCAGAGGGUGACAGCACUUCAGACUGAACUCAGUGCAGCACUGAAUGAUAACUACAAGCACUGUGCUCAGAUCAGCCUUCUGGAGGCCCAUGUGGAAGAGCUUCUAAAGAAGGAAGAACAGUCUGAGCAGCAGUGGAAAGCAGAGAAACAGAAGUGCAAAGAGAUGGAACUUAUCAUAAAAAACAUGCAUGAGGAGAUACAAGAUCUGAAGGCUCAAAAGGAGAAUCUGGAUCAGAUCCUGUCAGACAGGAAGAGAAAGUGGCAGGUAGAGCGGGAGCGCUUGUUAUUGGAGCUGGAAGAACAGUAUAGGAGUAGUCAGCAGGAGAUCCUGCGGCUCCUCAUGCAGCUCAGAAAAGCCAGAGACACCACUGAACCAAACAUUAAGCAGCUGCAAGAAGAGCUUGAGUCAGAAUGGCAAGAGAAGUGUGAUGUUUUCCUGGCAGAGCAGAGGGGAACGUUUGAGGGAACAAUUGCUCAGCUGCAAGAACAGGUGGAGAAAUUUGAGGACCUGAAAACAGCAUCACCAAAUGAGAAACAGCAGUUUGAGACACAUUUGUGUGUGGAGGUAAAGCGAGUCUUGAAUGGAGUGUUCCGUUCUCUCAGGACAGAGUUUCAUAUGCAGCAGUCUUACACUGGACGCAAAGUACUUGUGGUUCUUCUCAACACCAUCAAGAGUGUCACAAUGCAACUCCUCUCAGAACCCUGGGAGCUUGAAUCAGACAUGGAUGAAGAUAUGUUAGAGGAAGAGUAUCUAUUUACUGAAGAAAGGGUUUCAACUGGAGGGAAUGCAGAAGGGAAAAAAUGAAAAAGAAAAAGAGGCCAAAAGUUGGAGCAAAGCAUUCAGCUGAAUAUAAACUGAACGCACUCUGUAGAGAGUAAGCACUCUUUGAAAUCAUAAGUAUUGGAAUAGUGGGCACAUUAGUUUUUUCAAGCAGGUAAAAACAGGACUGACAUUUAAAAGUUUUAAAAGUUGGGUUUCACUGACAGUUGUCAAAUAGAUUGCUGAUCUUUAAGUUUGUUGCAAUGAAAUCUUUUUUUGGCUUAGGCAAACUGUAAGGCUAAAAACAUCUAGCUUUGAUGGCCAAUAUUGAUUAAUCCAUGAUGUAAAUGGUACAAGGCAAGUAAAUGAAAAAAAAAAAGAUAACAUAAUUGGUAAAUAUGUAAUAACAUACAGUAUGUAACUUUAUAUGUGUGUGAACAAGGAGUUCUUUUAAAAAACAGUUACUAUGACACAUUGUCUAACAGGUUUAUUUUCCUGUAGUCUGACAGCAGUGAUAACCCAUACACUCUUAAAAAUGAACAGACAGUACUAGAUCUGGUGGGUUGGGUAAAAAUAUGAAAAAAUACACUAUAUUAUGAAUAUGUGAAUAACACAGGGAAACAUGUAAUGGCUACACAAAUAAUUUAACAUUGAGCUUCAAUCUUACUUAGGGGGUCACAAGGAGGUGUGUGUGUGUAUUAUCA